AUGCCCAUCUCGACCCCAGAACUAAAACCAGUAGAAGACGAGGCUGGAAAAUGCAACUCACGUCGGUUCCAGCACGUGCGAUCCACGAAGCUCGUGCCAUCAUUGGACGGCACGUCUGAGUGA